CCAAGGUCAAGAUCAGCCAACAAUGUCGAAUUCCACGGCCGUCACGAAGGCCUCUGAUGCCUCGGUCCCUGUUGACCCCGAGCAGACCCUGAAGGCCUGCAAAGCGCUUGUUUCCCACAUCAGGAAGACGGCCGCUGCACCGCGGAGCGACGGCAAGCAGAACCUGCUUGCUGACGAGGAAUCAACAAUUGCUGAGACACCCAUCUGGCUCACUCUCACGACGAAGAAGCAUAUCCAUGAUUCUCACCGCCUCCAACCAGGAAAAAUCAUCCUUCCCAAUCCCCUCAACACCAAUGAAGAACUGAGCGUCUGCUUAAUAACGGCCGACCCCCAGCGGUGGUAUAAGAACGCGGUCGCGGACGAGUUUCCGGAGGACCUGCAGGCCAAGAUCGGCCGGGUUAUCGACAUUAGCCAUCUGCGGGCCAAGUUCAAGGCGUACGAGGCGCAGCGCAAGCUCUUCAGCGAGCAUGAUGUCUUCCUCGCCGACGACCGCAUCAUCAACCGCCUACCCAAGGCGCUCGGCAAGAGCUUCUACAAGACAACUACAAAACGGCCCAUUCCGGUCGUUCUGAUGGCGCAGCGGCCCAAAGUCGACGGGAAGCGGGUACCGGCGCCCAAGGGAAAGAAGCAGAAGCGCGACCCGGCGGAGAACGUCAAUGCCCGGCCGGUCCCCGAGAUUGUUGCCGAGGUCUGGAGAGCCAUUGGCGCCGCGCUGGUCCACCUCAGCCCGUCUACCAACACGGCCAUCAAGGUCGGGUACGCCAGCUGGGAGCCCGAGAAACUUGCGGCCAACAUCAACACCGUGGUGCGGGAGCUGGUGGAGCGAUUCGUUCCGCAGAAGUGGCAGAACGUGCGCAAUUUUUACGUCAAGGGCCCCGAGACGGCCGCCCUUCCCAUCUACCAGACGGAUGAACUCUGGCUGGACGAGUCCAAGGUCGUCCCCGAGGGACAACAACCCCCCAGCGCGCUUCCGGGAAGGAAGCAGAAGGCGAUCGCCGAGAAGCCCAACAUCGGCAAGAAGCGCAAGUCCCUUGACGGAGAGUCCGAGCCGGCUCAGCUGGAAGCGCCGAAGGAGGAGAAGGAGGAGAAGGAGGAGCGGCCAAAGAAGAAGGCGAAGAAGGCGCUGCCGGAAAGCAAUGACGAGAGGCUCGACAAGGAGAUUGCGGAGAGGAAAGCCAAGCUGAAGAAGCAGAAGAAGGCUGCGGCGAGCAAGGCCGAUAUCUGAGGACAUCAGGUUGGACUUUUGGGGGCAGAAUUGCGGCCGUCGGAAUUAAACGGCUUCGCUCGGCUUUGCAUCGUCGUUUGGAGUUUGGAGUCCGGCAAGAGGAAAAAGGCGGGCUAAUGGUUGUUGAGACACAAUUCGUGGGCCUAGAGGCUGUUAGAUCGGUCGUCGAGUUUUUUAGGUCUGAUGUUGUUUCAUCGAUUCAAAUGGUUCAGUC